AUGGUGUGUGUGGGAUCAGUGGUACUGAACCCUACAUGUGUUUGCGGGAUCAGUGGUGCUGAACCCUACAUGUUGGUGCUGAACCCUUCAUGUGUACACCAUGGUAUGUGCGGGAUCAGUGGUGCUGAACCCUACAUGUGUACACCAUGGUGUGUGUGGGAAUAUGGUGCUGAACCCUACAUGUGUACACCAUGUGUGUGUGGGAUUAGUGGUGCUGAACCCUACAUGUGUACACCAUGGUGUGUGUGGGAUCAGUGGUCAUUUCACAACGGCAACUUUCCAGUUCGCUGCACUGUGUGUAGUUUCAGUGCCGACUCAGAGAGCAAGAUCAAACGCCAUGUUGCCACACAGCAUCGACCUCCUAAUGCUGGCAUCAGCAAUAAUGGCAGCUUGGACCGGGAGCUGAACAGUCAGUUGGAUGUCCCCACUGAUGGAGCUCAGGUUGAUCAGGGUAAAGACAAGGACCCCAGUGAUGGUGGUCGACUGGUUGAGUACAGAUGUCCUAAGUGCCCCAUGGUGUGCUAUCGUCGUGGCAACUUCACCCGGCAUCUGACAGCCAAGCACAAAAUCAACCAAACCACGGCAGCUGCCCUCAGCAAGAGUAUCGAGGGGAAGAUUGCUAAAGUGUUGAAGCGAAAGCGCGCUGGGUCUGCCUUCACAGCACUCAAACAGAUGCGCUUUCAGGCCAUGGAGAAUCUCAAGUGUUCUCAUUGCUCUUACAUUGCCAAGUGGCCCAGUGAUCUGCGACGUCACAUGCAGGUGCACACCUUAAUCAAACGGUUCAAGUGCUCCAUGUGCACCAAUAAAUACAAGUAUCUGGGCGAUCUGAAUGUGCACAUGCGCCGAGACCACAACACAGAACCUCCAGACAACAUUGCUCGAGAGGUGGCCACCUCUGAUGCACUGACCAAAGCAUCGCCAGCCAUGUUCAGGUGUCCUGUGUGUCCGUAUGCCUCUCAGUCAAAGGCAGAGCUGGAACAGCACUCACGCAUCCAUGCCAACACGGAGAAGACUUACCAGUGCCGUCAAUGCGACUACCAGACUUACUGGAGGGGCGAUGUCAGCCGGCAUCUGUUCCGACACCACAAGAUAGUGCUGAGUAAGGAAGCAUCUGAAAUCUGGGCCUACUUCCUCCACAGGCCUGAUAUUAAACCACUGACCAAACAAGGAGGAGCUGCUGCUGCUGCCGCUGCUGCAGCUGCUAGCCUGGCUGUUUCACCAUCGUCAUUGCCUGAGGUGAGCCCAGGUAAAACUACUCCACAAAAUACCCCAGCUGUACUAUCAAGUCAGGAUCAGCAGGACAGUAUUUCCUACACCCAGGGUAGCUCCAGGAAGUCUUCACCAGCUUCUGGGACAGUGUUUCUGAAGGAAGGUUCUUUCAUCUGCGAGUACCCAAACUGUGACUUCAAAACAACAAUUUCUGAUCGCAUGGAGAUCCACCUGGCUGUGCAUCAGAACCUGAAAAUGUUUGUGUGUCCCACUUGUGGCAAGAGGACCAACUGGAAGUGGGAUGUGGUCAAACAUAUGAACAAGGUCCAUAUGAACACAACUGCAGUCAUUGAAGAUGUCAUCACCCUCAGCAUUGACCAGGCUAAAGCUACCAUCCAGGACUACCUGAGUAGCCAUGAGAAGAAGUCCAAGAAUCUAGUGGUCAGCUACUGCUCUCUGUGUAACUUCAAGUCCCUGGACAGAAACCGGGUGGUCAGACACCUGGCUACGGUUCACAAACAUGAAAAUGGCACCUUCCUCAGCAUGCCGAUGAUCAGGUCAGAAAGUCUGGAGAAUCCUCUCAACAUCCAGACUGAGGAAGGGGGCGUGUCUCUUGAUAGCGACAGGUUCCUCCUAGAUGGGUCUGGUGGAGAGUUGCCAGUGCGUAAGUUUGUGGAGCCACCAGCAGAAGAGUUGGCUCAGUUGGAGAAACCUUAUGCUUGUGCCAUCUGCAGAAAAGUUGGCUCCACCAAAGGGGAUGUCAAGAAACAUUACAAUUAUACUCACCCAUACAAGGAUGUGAGGAUUGUCUAUGUUGGUGACGAGACAGAGUUCAACUAUUAUACAGGAGAGAUUUACCAGAAAUCCUCAAAAUCAGACCAGUCUUUAUUAGAGUCUCCAGACAUGAAAACUGGGAUGCCUCCAUUGUCACCGUCGGGGAAAAUUCUCCGGCCAGAUUCCAAAUUUAGCAACCCAAAAAUGCAUGGCUAUGUCAAGCCCUUUAAAUGCUCUAUUUGUGGUCUCCGCUCCAACUGGAAGUGGGACCUGAAGAAACAUCUCAGGUCCAAACAUCCAAACCAGGGUGGUUUUGUUAUCUUGCUUUCCAUAGAGGAAGCAUCAGAGACUUACGGCAAAGACUGCACACCAAGCCACCCCAAGAAUGAAGACUUUCUGUCACCGUUUUCUUCCUCCCCAAGCCAAGUUCCGCUACAGACACCAAGCAAUCCUUCUCCGGUUCCAGCUGCGGACCACGUGUUCAAACCUCCCCCAAAUAUCAAGGCAGAAAUACUGGAGGAUUCUGAUGGAGAAGAUAGUCAGGAUGAGCUGUGUUCUGUGUCAUCAUUCUUCUCUGAGUCUUCUGCAUCAUCGGCCUCACCGUCACCUCGCCCUAGAGGCAGAGAAAGUUCCACAUCAUUGGAUCCAACCAGACGCCAGUGGAGAUGCUCCGCCUGUAAUUACAUUUCCAACUGGCGAAGGAACAUGGCACGGCACAUUCACAGAAAACACCCAGAAGAGGAGGAAACGGUUGAAGUGCUGGCUCUGCACGAGACUCCAGAGACUGUCAACGAUGGUACUGGGGAAGAUGUCUCACAAAACAGAGAAGCAAUGGAUGUUGAGGCAAGAAGUUAUGACACUGUGGCAGAGCCAGACGUUCCCGAGAAGAAAGUCAGCUGUGUCCAGUCGGACAUGAGGUUGUGGAACUGUUCCCGCUGUGUCUACUCAUCCAGACUGCGCACCCACAUCAUUGUCCACAUGCAGCAGCAUGAAAUGAAACCUUUUUCUUGUGGAAUCUGUGGCAUGCCUUUCAUGAACCGAGGACCUCUCCACCGACACUUGCAGAAAGUCCACAAACGUAGCGACUACCUCAAGCUGUGCAAGGUCAACAUUCAGUACAACGAUGAACCUGGGGCAAGUAAUGCAGAUGAAGUGACCAGGAAUGAAUAUAUCAACUCCUAUUUCUGCCGGCUGUGCAGUCUUGAGUCACUCGACCGAAUUCAGAUAGUGCAGCACCUCAUAGAUGUUCAUGAUUCCCCAGAGAGCGACAACAACAUCUUGAAAAUCCAGAAGCAUGUUGGUGGCUCUGCCAAACGAAGAGCUGCCUUAGUGAGAUUUUCUAAAAAUAAUUCUUCUCAGAAGUGGAACAAAAAAGUACAUUUCUGCACCAUUUGUCCUUUCCGGACUUUGAAAAAAUCAAUGCUGGCAUUUCACAUGACCUACCACAAACCAAAUUCGGUGAACAAAUUUAAGUGUAAGUACUGCCCGUAUUAUGUGGGGGCUGUGCGUCUGCUUCACCAGCACCAACGUAAGUGGCACAAGGAGUCGAGCAGUCAGAGACAGUGGGAGCAGGAAGAGCAGACCACCCCAACACAGUCCCCAACAAAACUGGGCGCUGGCUCCACAAGUCCACUAGGAACCCCCCGACGGCACUGCUGUGAAAAAUGUCCUUACACCACCAACAGCAAGAAUGAUUUCAUCUAUCAUAAACAGUUCCAUCGCCCAAAGCGCACGGCUGAGUUUAAGUGUGAGUACUGCGACUACUGGGUUGUUCACAAGAGACUGCUGAAACAACACACACGCCUGCACACCACAGUCUCACCCAGCAGCGGUGCAGUGGUGGAAAACUCCCCAGCCAAGUCUCUCUGCUCUGACCCAGGUUUGGUGUAUGAUCCAGUGGAACUGACUGAGUUGGCUGCCAUUAAGCAGAAAAUGAUUUCGGCCAAAAUUACAGCCAGCCUGUCCAACAGCCCCAACAUUAGCCCCAUGAAGCUGGCCUCGCAGUGUUCCGUGGACAGCAAGCCGGGCUACAUUAUCAAGAACGGGCUCUACCGCAAGCUGCACAAGUGUCAGUUCUGUCCCUACACCAACAUAAGGUCUAGGAACAUGCAGCUGCAUGAGAUGAUGCACGGCCCCAGAGAUAGCAACUGCCCUCUGAUGAAGUGUCCCUACUGUGACUACUAUGUGGGCUCCAAGGGACUGCUCUCCCAUCACAUGAAGGUACACCAGAAAACUUAUGGGGACACCCCAGAAAAUGAUGCUGAACUGGGUGAUUUGGCAGAUUCUGUGGACAAUGACGACGAGUCUGAUCAGGACAUACCACAGCAGCAGAAAGUGGACACACUGCUGCAGAUCUCACGCUUUAAGAGGUUUGGUUGUGAACGCUGCCCUUACGCCAGUGCCAAACGCCAGCACUUUGUGAGACACCUGGAGCUGCACGGGUCCAGGCAACGGCACACCUGUCAGUACUGUGAUUACAGUGUACCCUCCAACAACCUGCUGCAUCAGCACACCAAACUCCACCUGAUGCCAAACCAGAAUCUGUUGGCAUCGCAGUCCAUCACCAACCUACAACACUUGAGUGAGGUGCCUGCUGAUGUUGCUCUUGCCUCGGCUCUGCCCCCAGCCGACUCAGACACAGCCGUGACAAUCAGUGUCAUUCAUGACCAUCUGGGGCUCUAUGAGAACAGCAUAUAUGACUCGGAACCCAAGAAGUUAUACCGCUGUGACCGCUGCCCAUACGCAAAUGUGCGCAGAGAUUACCUGCUGUCUCACCUGAAGUUUCACAUGGUACCCAGUAGCUUGGUGUGUCCCUACUGUGAUUACAGCGCCCCCAAGCAACCGCUGCUGACCCAGCACAUCCGGGUCCACUUCUGUCCUUUGCCGGAGCUCUCCGAUUGGCUGCUGGAAAAUGGGCAAGUUGAGAGGGAAACCAGCCAGAAGAGUCUCGACCUGGCAGAGGCAUUGAAAGUGGCUCAAGAAUACCAGAACAAAUCCAAGAAGAAAGACAAGACAAAGGCAGCAAUCUGCCACACAGACCGACUGGCUGGCAAGCUGGACGAGAAGCCAGAGGGCAAAGAAAACAUUCAGAGUUGUGGAGCUGGCGAUGGCCGGUUGAUCUACAUCUGCCAGUAUUGCGACCGUGAGUUUCCAGCCUCGGACAAAUUAGUCAAACAUGAACUUCAGCAUCUUAUAGGCAACCAUUUUGAAGCUACAGAGUGCAUAGACCUGGCAUCAACCCAUGAUCGGCAACAACAGCAGAAGCAGCAGCAGAAUCUGCAAGCAGAUCAGCCAGUUGAGAGUCAGUGCCUGGAGAACAACAAUUCACAGGAAGAUUCUCAAACAGAAGCAACAAUGAGCUCUGACAGACAACAUCUGUGUGAGAGUGGCAUUGUUGCUGCAGCAGACGGUACUGGGGUCAGGGGGGAAGAGAAUGGCAAGACAAGUCAGGAGGUCAUUGGUGAGAGUGUGCACGAUUCAGGCAGCAUGGAAACUGGUGUGUCAGACACCAACAACAUACAAGAGGACGAGCGAGCACAUGAAUCUGCAAGUUCUCUGACAGCAGACGUUAGUGCUUCACAUGAAGGUGUCGGUGGUUCUGACAAGGAGAAGUCCUUGACCCUAGCAACUUAG